AGCCACGCGGUAAAGCGAGGCACUCGCUUUCUUCCACACCACGUCUCCUCCGCCUGCGUCUGCGUCCCUUCCUCACGCGGACGCCCUCCUAAAAUCCCCAAAAUCCGAUCCGACCACCAAACCCUAACCCCAUCCCGCACUCCCCCCCUCCCCCCCUCCCCCAACACGCGCGCGCUUUCUUAGCCGCUAAGCAUAUCCCUCUCCGCCACGAUCUCGAUGGUGGAGAUGUCUGUGGUGGAGCUCAGGACGCUGCCGCUCGGCUUCCGCUUCCACCCCACCGACGAGGAGCUCGUCACCCACUACCUCAAGGGCAAGAUCACCGGCAGGAUCAACUCCGAGUCCGAGGUCAUCCCCGAGAUCGACGUCUGCAAGUGCGAGCCGUGGGACCUCCCAGAUAAGUCCCUGAUCCGGUCCGAUGAUCCCGAGUGGUUCUUCUUCGCCCCCAAGGACCGCAAGUACCCCAACGGUAGCAGGUCUAACAGGGCCACCGAGGCGGGAUACUGGAAGGCUACUGGCAAGGACAGGAUAAUCAAGUCCAAGGGCGACAAGCGCAAGCAGCAUACCAUCGGUAUGAAGAAGACCCUCGUCUUCCACCGCGGUCGUGCCCCCAAGGGCGAGCGCACGGGGUGGAUUAUGCACGAGUACCGCACCACCGAGCCUGAGUUCGAGUCCGGCGAGCAGGGUGGUUAUGUUCUUUAUCGCCUCUUCCGUAAGCAAGAGGAGAAAACUGAGCGCUCCAGCCCAGAGGAAGUGGAUAGAAGUGGCUACUCACCUACUCCUUCUCGUUCUUCACCUGACAACCUAGAGGCGAAUGAGGAAGCUAAUACACCAUUAAAUAAGGAAUCUCCAGAAUCUGCUCUGCAUGAAAGCCCGAUUGAGCUGCCAAAAUCUGUUGAAACCAAUGGUGGUUCAAUGACAAGGUGGCUGGCGGACAGAAAUGAUAACUUGAUGGUUACUGCACCAGAUGUUUCCCAUAUACCUUUCCACGGACAUGCUGCUGGUGUAGCUAAGGUUGAUCCUUCUGUUGGUGCUUCAGGCCACUUAGUUAAUCCCCACAAUGGAAAUGAUGAUUAUAACAAAUUUGUGUCUGAUUUCACUCCCAUUCUACCACUUGAAAAUGCAUUCUUCACUGAUAUACAACAAGGAGCUUUUGGUUUUGAUGGCAUCAUGAAUCCUCUUGAUCCCCUUGAUGCUUUCUUGAAUCAAACACUUGUUGAUCCUGAUGAACAUUCAUCAACAACAUCAAAAGUUCAGUAUGAUUCUGACAUUCCAACAGAAUUUGAGAACCAUUGGAAUAUGAAGGUUGAGCCUCAAGAUGAUCAAUGCUGGUGGGCAAACAUAGGAUUUGAGCCAGACGAACCAAAUCCUCUGCUUCCUUGUGACACCACUGACCAAGACAUACUUUCUGUUGACUCUGGUGCUGAUUCCUUCAAUGAGCUUUUCAAUAGUAUGGAAGAGACUGGAAUUAUUGUUAGGCCUCAACAGUUGGACUCCACUGUGCAACCAAACCAUGUGUUCGCUAGCCAGGGCAAUGCAGCACGGAGGCUGCGGCUACAGGUUGAGUCUAGGGAGAUCAUAACUAAAGAUGAGAGUGAAGAUGAAGUAUCAUGUGUUCUAACUCCAGACUGUUUGAACGAUUCUGUUGAGGAGUCCACUGCAGAGAAGGAUGUGGCUUCUGAUGGGGAUGAGGCUGAGUCAACAGGGAUUGUUAUUAGAAGCCAUCACCCUGCUCCAAGAUCAAGCUCAGAGAGUUCAUUCACUCAACAGGGAACUGCUAUGCAAAGGCUGCGGCUACAGUCAGGCCUUAACAAAGGCCAGCGUCCUAGUACUGAUGAUUCAUCAAGCUGCAUUAUAGACGAACCAGGAAGUCAGCACAAAGCAGAAAAAGCAGAGAUUGAAGAGGAUGCGAGUACAAACCUCGCUGGAAGUGCUGAUGAUCUACCUGGUAAUAUCCAUGAUGAUGAGCAAAAGAACAUCCCUGAACAUGGUGCUGAAAUGACUUCUCCAGAAGCCAAAUCUGUUCUGAGGUUGCGGAAGACUUCUGAGGAAGGCAACAAGGAUGUCAAGCAGGAGAGUUGUCUCGAGCCACACGUGAGAGCACCAAUGCAGAAGGGAGGCUUCCAAUCAUACAUCAUCUGGCUGGUUCUUCCGGUGGCUCUGCUCCUGCUUCUCUGUGUUGGGACAUAUGGAUGGGUAUGAAAUCUAUCCUGGUGCGGUGCAAGGCAUGACAUUUUGCGCACAUGGGUUCCUGGCGUCAACCUGGUGUGCGGUCUUCUGUACAUAACCUGUGGCAUCCUUUCAACAGCCGUACCCUGCAGUAAGACAUCCCGGCAUUGCCAAGGCAGCUGAAAAAUAAAUAAAAAAACAAGUGGUAGAAAUGACAAGGUGGAAAAGAGCGAGGUGUGUUAUUGUUGGUUUUAGUACAUCGUAGUCUUCUUUUGCUGUUGUUGUAGAUGUCUUGCUAAUGUUGUCGCUGUUGUGUAGUUGCAAUUCAAGCCCAGGGCUGCCAGUUUUAUUUCCUAAUGUAAUGUAGCAAGAGCGAGACCCUGUUAGACGGGUGCGCUGAAAUUCUGAACCUCUGUAAUAUCUGAUGUUCUUGUGGAUACCUGUUUCAGAAUUUUCGGUUCCUGAACCCAGUUACUGAUGGCUUGUUGAUC